ACGCACCCUCCGAAAAGAGUGGUGGGAGUUCGCUCAUAUAAACUCGGCAUUUAAAUAGUUGUGUCCUGCCGUAACGGUUCCGGUUGGCCAUACGUGCGGACAGCGGUGAGAGUGUAGCCACUUUUUAUCAGCAUGCGGCAACCAGCUAGCAUCGUAUUGAGCUUACAAUGGUCGAGAUAAAAUCGUUCGUAUUCUUCGACCUGGAGACUACGGGCAUCCCACAGUAUGAACAUUUCCGGACGAAAAUCACCGAACUAUCGAUGGUGGCCUGCGCUCGGGAACAUUUGGUGGAAUCCAGCACGGACCUGCCACGUGUAACGCACAAGCUAUCGCUUUGCUUUAAUCCGCUGCGCAUGAUAACGCUCGGAUCUUCGCAGGCAACAGGGCUUUACAAUGACCUGCUCGAGAAGGAGUCAAAGUUCGAUACGAAUGCGGGCGAGAUGGUUAAGCUGUUUCUCGAACGCCUUCAAAAACCCAUCUGUCUGGUAGCGCACAACGGAAAUCGGUUUGACUUUAUUCUGCUCAAGCAACAGCUACUCCGGAUCGGUGUUGUCAUGCCCGCCGAACUGUACUGUGUCGAUUCACUGCCCGCCUUCCGCGAGAUAGAGGCCGACGUCGAGCGAUCGUACUUUGAGCACAACGAAGGGUUGGACAGUGAAAUCCCCGAGCUGGAGUAUGCGGCGUUGCGCGUAAUGGAGGAACUCGAGCAAGCGAACGAUUGGAUGAAGGAACGGCAAAAGCUCAACGAAACCACACCGCAAAGUGCCCGUAUGGAGCUCAAGUAUAAGCAGGCGCUUCGGGACUAUCUAUCGAUCGGACCGGUGAAAGACUAUCGUCAACGCAGGAACCAUCGGACUGAGGAUGAUGGCAGUGAUGGGUGCAAUUCACGCAGGGACAUUUGUGGCAAAUCCCGUAAACGACUGUUCACCUCGUCCUUUCCCGAUGAUGUGGAGGAUGUAAAAUCGUUGCCAAGUUCUCAAUCGGUCGCGAUUGGCAAGAAGCGUUACAAUCUGUCCGAGCUGUACAAGCGGACCACGGGCAAGGAGCUGAUCAAUGCGCACCGUGCGGAAGACGAUACGCUAGCGCUGAUGAACUGUGCCGUUGUGCAUGGGUCGCGGUUCAUACGGUACGCGGAGGCCAACUGCGUAGCGUACGAGGAAAUGAAAAGCAAGUUUUAACUUUAUUUCUUACGAAAUAUUCCUGACGCCGAAACCCGGGCACGGUGCUGAUUUGCAGUAUACAUAUUUCGACUGAUAAUUCCAGCUUUUGGUGCAAAAGCUUCGACCACCCGACGGCUUUUACCCAGAAUUGUGAAACAAAUUGUAGAUGACUGAUUUUAUUUUUACUUUGCUUUCGAGCGUGAAAUAUUUUAAAUUAAAACCUUGUGUAAUGUACAAAACAUGGGACAAAUCGGAAACAAAUAAAAUAAAGCUUUGCUAA